AUGUACCACCCACCCACCCGCCUAUGUGACUCGGCAUGCAUUGACAUACUCGAUUUUCAGCCCCAGCCCUUCAACAUUCAGCCCGGCUGGUCUGCGUCCUCCCCGUCGUUCGGACCCAACUUCGAGGUCUCGGGCACGCUCCCCGACAUCACCAUCGUCUCCGGCGACCGCAUCUGCUAUUACGCACACUCCCGCUUCCUCCUCCACUCCUCCACGAACGCCUUCGGCGGCCUCCUCCGCGGCACCCCGCCCCCGAGCUCGCUCGAGGUGGCCGAGCCAGGCGCGGCGCUCCAGAUCGCGCUGCACGCCAUCUACCGCAUGCCCUGCGCGCACCUCGCGCCCUCGCUCGAGAGCACCGAGGGCGCGAUCGACGCGCUGCUCGCCUGGGGCGUCGACGCGCGCGCGCUCGCGACCCCACACUCGCCCCUCUUCUCGCUCGUGCUCGCCGCCGCGCCGCGCGCGCCGAUCGAGGCCUACGCGCUCGCCGCGCACUUCCGCAUGGACGCGCUCGCCGUCGCCGUCUCCGCGCACCUGCUCGGGUUCGACACCACCGCGCUCUCGGACGCGCUCGCGCUCCAGAUGGGCCCCGGGUACCUGCGGCGGCUCGUCGAGUGGCACCAGAUGCGGCUCGCGCGGCUCAAGGAGAUCUGUUUGAAGCCCCCGGCGGCGCACGCGCCGACGCCGGGCUGUGGGCGGGACGACAAGGGGGCGUUGAUGAAGGCCUGGGCCUAUGCGUCGGCCGGGAUAGUUUGGGAGGCGAGGCCAGGGACGUCGGCGUACCAGCUGAGGACGUCGUUUGAGAAGGCGGCCGCGGGAGUCGUGUGCAGCGAGUGCUUGACGAUGUUGCAUGCGAGAAUCGAAGAAGUGGUGCAGGAGUGGUCGUUGGUUCCGGCACCACCAGAUGAAGACAUUCCGUUCGGCUUUGGUUCAUUGUCGCAAGUGUUCGGGCCCACUUUCGAGUUCGCCGGGCUGUUGCCCGAUGCUGUGCUCGUCGUCGAGGAUCAGGCCAGUUUCUACGUUCACAGCGACCGACUCUCCCAAGUCUCUCUCAACGCCUUCGGAGGCCUUUUAGACGGCACUACCGGCAUCGCCGGUCCUACUUUCGUCGUUCCCGAGUCGCCCGACACACUCAACAUCACGCUCCGGGUCGUUUACGAACUAUCCUGCGCCCACCUGUCCCCCUCGCUAGACGACAUCGAAUCCGUCGUGAACGCCCUCAUCAAGUACGGAAUCCCUCUCGACUCGGUCACCGGAUCCCCCGACCUGCCCCUCCACGCCCUCAUCCUUCGCCACGCCCCAGAACGCCCGAUCGAAGCGUAUGCCUUGGCCGGGCAUCACGGCCUCGAGAGCGUCGCGGUCGCGGUCUCCGCGCACCUGCUCGCGUACGACACCGCGGCGCUCACGAACGAGCUCGCGCUCAAGAUGGGCGCGGUCUACUGCCGCCGCCUGUUCAUGCUGCACCAAGACCGGCUGCUCGCGCUCCGCCGGAUUGUGCUGCGUCCGCCGGGCACGCACCGCCCGACGCUCGUGUGCGGCACGGGCGCGGACGGGAUGGGGCGGCUGAUGCGCGCGUGGGCGCUCGUCGCCGCCGAGGUCGUGUGGGUCGCGUCCCCAGGCAUGUCCGCGCAGUCGCUGCAGACGGCGUUUGCGCGCCCCGGGCGGGACAUCGAGUGCAUCGAGUGCCUCGCGAUGCUGCGCGCGCAUGUGCAGGAGGUCGCGCGGGAGUGGUCCGCGGUCAAGGUGAGCAUUCCCGCGGUGUUUGACGUCCGAAGGCCUCUGUCCUAA